AUGACUCCUCUUCGCCAAACCAAGUUCUAUAAUUUUUCAUCUCAAAUACUGAAACGUAAUAUAGUGUCUAAUGAUAACAGCAACCACAGAAAGCGAUUCUUUUCUUCGUCUUUGUCAUUAUCAUUAAAUGGAGACGAUAAGCAGAGUUCCGAAACAGGUGGGUUUAUUCAAUCUGUUCUUUAUGGUAAAAAAUUGAACGGCGCAGGAAACGUGUUUGCGCCCUUUGAGGAACAAACAGCAACAACGCAUUCGAAAAAGUUGGCAAGAGGAAAAUAUGUACAUGAACUUCAAACCCAUCGUGUCAAGCCGGAUAAAGUAGAGGAAUAUAUAAAACUUAUGUCUAUCCAUUAUCCCCGCAUUGCGAACGAUCCAAAGAAUGAUGUCCAUUUGUGCGGGAGUUGGGAAACAGUUGUGGGCGAGUUGGAUACGUUUGUACACAUUUGGGAAUACAAAGGGUAUCCUGGACAUAAAUUGACAAUGGAAAGAUUGGCUCGGGAUUCAGCAUACAUUCAAUUUGUAAAGGAGCUACGUCCAUUAUUGAUUUCACGUGAAAAUAAUAUGAUGCUUGAGUUCUCGUUCUGGAAAACAAGCCCACCAAGGGCAACAAAUGGUAUUUAUGAGUUACGUAAAUACAAUUUGAAGCCUGGAAAUUUACUGGAAUGGGAAUAUUACUGGCGUAAAGGACUUGAAUGUCGUAGUCAAUUUUGCGAGCCAGUUGGAGCAUGGUUUAGUCAAUUAGGAAGGCUACAUACAGUCCAACAUAUGUGGACUUAUCCCGAUUUACAAACACGUAAAACAACCAGAGAAGAAGCCUGGAAGGUAGAAGGAUGGGCUGAUACAGUUUAUAAGACAGUGCGUCUGGUUGAAAGCAUGCAUUCUUACAUUUUGAAGCCUUUGGAUUAUAGUCCUUUGAAAUAG